CUGGGGAAAAAAAGAACGUGUUUUGCUUUCCAACAGAGCAAUUUGGAUCCUGUUUUCAUCGACGUGUUGCAGCACUGUCUAAAACUCACAGAUAAUAACAGAUUGAUGGAGAUUUUCUCAGAAUCCAGUUUUGCUACAGGACAUUUGAUGGUUUAUUCUAUUCAAACAUUUGAUUCUGAAUGGUCUCAAAAUGAGUAAAUUUGCAGCAAAACAUUUAAAAAAAAUAAAAAGUAGGAGGUAUGGAUUUUUUAGAAAAGGUUGUAAUUAAUGUGUGAAUCUUUUAAGAUUUUCAUAAGGAGAUGGUUAUAAUGUUGCCUGAAGGAGAUGACUCACACGAUUAAAACUAGGCUCUGUUGUGUGGGUCUCAGGCACACAGAGAAAGAGAGACCUCCUCAUUCUGAAGCAGAGAGGCACACGGUGAAGAGGUGAGACGGCGCCACAGCGAGGCUCGCUUCCACAGAGACAACACCGUCGGACGUCUCCUGAAGUGAUGGACUGGAAGAGCGGGUUAAAUCAAUCCGCCCUGAACUCCUCCGCCUCAAUCUCCGACUCGCCUCCCUCCUUCUCCUCCUGCUGCAACGCCUCCCACCUCCUCCUCUCGCCGCCUCUCUUUUCAGUCCCCUCCUUCUCCGGCUUUGACUUUCUCAUCAGCCUGAAGCUCCUCUUCAUCCCGCUCUACUCUGCCGUGGUUCUGGUGGCGUGCUCUGGGAACCUCCUCCUCCUCUUCUUCAUCUGGCACAACAAAAAAAGACACAGCACCACCAAUUUCCUCAUCAGCAACCUGGCCCUCGUCGACCUCGUCAUGUGCGUCUUCUGCGUCCCCUUGACGGCGUCCUACGCCUUUGACAGGCGUGGUUGGGUGUUUGGCUACCACAUGUGCCACUUUGUGGCUAUCAUGCAGUCUGCGGCCGUCUACGCCGCCGUCCUGUCGCUCAUGGCCAUCGCCGUGGACCGCUACAUCAUCGUGGCUUACCCCAUCCGCAAAAGAGCGGGCUGCCAGUUCUGCUGGUGUCUGGUGGUGGUCAUCUGGUUAUCCUCCUUGGGUUUGUCCACACCCAUCGCACUCCACACCGUCUACCUGGACCUGCACGCCGCAGGCCUGGAGAUGGCUGUAUGCGAGGAGUUCUGGGACGGCCAGGAGCGAGGCCGCCUCAUCUACUCCUGCUUCAUCCUCCUCUUCUCCUACUUUGUGCCGCUGGCCGCCGUCUCCAUCUCCUACUGCGCCAUCUCCUAUCACUUGAAGCAAAGGACCAUGUCCAGUUUGACCGCCUGCCUGGAGCUGAGGUCUGCACGGGCGUCCUGGAGCAGACGGAGACGGAAGACGUUCUGUCUGCUGCUGGCGUCUGUUCUCUGUUUCGCCUUCUCCUGGCUCCCUUUACAGGUGGUGAACCUGAUACGUGACCUGGACACAGAUUUCUCCAUCCUGGGGAAGAACUAUGUAAAUGUCAUCCAGGUAUCCGCACACCUGCUCGCCAUGAGCUCGGCCUGCUACAACCCCUUCAUUUACGCCUCAUUGCACAAUAAAUUCUUAUCCUGCCUGUGUCUCCACUUCCUGUCUCGGCGGAGAGGAAAAGGAAAGGACAGGGGUCAAGGGUCGAGCAUCAUGACAGCUUCUCAUAGAAUGGCCCGCCUCUACACUUCCACCAUUGUUGCCGAUUUGCAGGGUGUUACCAUGCAGGACAGGAUUCCACAGGAAAACUACAGCUAAAGUUAGUUUUAACUUUUUUUUUUUUUACUUCAAAUGCAUACAUUUACCUCAAUUUAUCCACUUUUCAGACUUUAUAAGUCUUAAUGGGUGUUAAAAAUGAACAAUUUUUAAAGUGAAAUAAAAUAUUGGAGGUGUGAUUUAUAUUUCGCUGAAUUAAGCAUGUUUAAAUGCACCUCUUUGAUCUAAAUUUUCAUUUUAUUGUGAUAAAAUAUGAGAAAAAAAAGAGAAAUUAAAUGUUUUCCAUCUGUUAUAUAUAUCGGUGAUGUAUAUUACAUUUAUGUACAAGAAUGUAAUGUAAUUUACACAUUUAUUCAAGUUUUUUCAACCAGCAUCUUUGCGAUUUCAAAAUGUAUUAAUAAUGUAUGAAUAAUCAAUAAAAAAUGCAAACCAGUAUCUCCUGUCUGUCUACAAAGAGAAAAUGUUUUACGAAUUAUGCGGUGAAUUCCUUUAUAACUUGUAGAUUAUUUGUUAAUGUACUUAAUGAUCAUUUAACGAUUACUUAAACAGUGUUUCUGUGCCAAUCAUUUACUGUGUGGCUUGAUUGGAUUUUGGAUUGCCAACACCCAGAGUCUAUGUUACACCAUCGCACAAAGAUGUGUGAAGUCUUGGUUAAAAUAAA